GCAAGUCCUUGAGGCUGAGGUUCUACUGCUGGCAGACAGAAAGGUGUGGUUGGCAUGGGGCAAUGCUUGAGGUACCAGAUGCACUGGGAGGACCUGGAAGAGUACCAGGCCCUGACCUUCCUGACCAGAAAGGAAAUUCUGUGCAUCCAUGACACCUUCCUGAAGCUCUGCCCUCCUGGGAAGUACUACAAGGAGGCGACGCUCACCAUGGACCAGGUCAGCUCCCUGCCGGCUCUGCGGGUCAACCCUUUCAGAGACCGUAUCUGCAGAGUGUUCUCCCACAAAGGCGUGUUCUCCUUUGAGGAUGUGCUGGGCAUGGCAUCUGUGUUCAGCGAGCAGGCCUGCCCAAGCCUGAAGAUUGAGUACGCCUUUCGCAUCUAUGAUUUUAAUGAGAAUGGCUUCAUUGAUGAAGAGGAUCUGCAGAGGAUCAUCCUGCGACUGCUGAACAGUGAUGACAUGUCUGAGGACCUGCUGAUGGACCUCACGAACCACGUCCUGAGUGAAUCGGAUCUGGACAAUGACAACAUGCUGUCCUUCUCAGAGUUUGAACAUGCAAUGGCCAAGUCUCCAGAUUUCAUGAACUCCUUUCGGAUUCACUUCUGGGGAUGCUGAUGUAGCGGCAAAUACCUGACGUGGCAGCCUCGAGGGAGACCACUGGAAUCGAACCCCCUCCAGCACUGGAGGGAGCUGGUUUGAAGUAUGACUUUGUACUGGCCCACCCUCACCUCUAGAAUAUUGUUUAUUAGAUAAAAGAAAAGAAAAACCUUUUCCUUA